AUGUCUGUUCCACCAUGUGGAGAGUCGGCAGCUGAUCCUCAACCUCAGAGCUCAAUGGAACAACCCCUGAAGACAGCUGAGCUGGAAGAGGCCAGUCUCAUCUUUCAAAAAUUGAUCAGCUAUUGCGAAUUCCUGCAGAGCAGCAAACCAUAUCAGAGGCCCACUCUUGUUCGCCUUACUUAUGAGCAUUCUCUUUCAAAAGCCACAUUUCUCAAACUGUUUUUCACCCACUUGGACAACACUCAGGAUCGAAGCAUUGAGGGAUCUUCUCCAGUUUUUGCCGAUGGCCUGUCCAGAUUUUCGAGCUUCGGCUCCCAGGCUACCCCGAUGCAGAAGAGGGAGGCUGUAGCAGCAAUAAACUCUUUCUCACAACAUCUUGUUGAUAGUUUGUAUCUCCCGAUCAAGGCUGGAGGGGCCAGGCUGCCACGGCGGAACGCAGCUCGUUCGCGUUUAUCAGAUCCCUCGCUUGCAAAUGCAGUUGGAUCACCAGCAAAUUUGUCUGCUCUCCGACGUAAUUGUCUCGCUCGGGAUCGUAACCGGUGUGUGGUUACGGACGACUUUAACAUCGAGAUUUUGGAGAGAAGGAAGCGAAACACUUCUACUUUCAGAAAUGCAGUUUACGCACCUGGCACCCUUUCACGUCUUGCGGUCUCGCACAUUAUACCCUAUGCAAUCAUGUCAGGAACGACUGUUGACGGAGAGGUUCAGUUGAACGAUUCCAAGAAAACCGCACAGUUGUUACUCAACAUGCUGGACCCAGAUGUGCUUAAGUCGAUUGAGGGACUGCAUAUCCAUCACCCAAGAAAUGCCAUUACCCUGACAGCCGAGAUUUACGAGUGCUUUGCUCUCUUCCAAAUAUCCUUCGAAGCCACGGAUGGUGAGGCUGCUGCUGCUGCUGAUGGUUCAAGUCAUCCCAGACACACGUACACAAUACGUGAAUCUAGCACUUUGGACUUCGAACACACCGAUCUCCCUGUGACAAGAACUCUGAUGUUCUCCGAAGAUAACAUCUUUGACCCGCCAUCCCCAAGACUGCUUGCUCUGCACCGCGCAAUUGCUAUUAUCCUUGACCGUAGUGGUGCCGGAGAUUACAUCGAUAAGAUACUGCGUGAUAGUGAGAACGAAUCGUCGUGUGAUGAAGGCUCCACGGAAAUCGGACGUAUUGCAAACUUGAUAGUGGAUGGUUGGCUUUGA